AUGAUGAAGACAAUUUCCUCUACUGGUUGUGUGAGUGGGGGAACACUUAGGUUGUGGACAAGACCCCUUCUAACUCUUGUUUGUUUUUGCCAUUUACACAUGAGACCAGAAGGAAACCCAUUAGACCUUAACAAUUUGCCUGAUGAGUACUCAAGAGAUGGCAAACAAGUCCUCGAAGACCACAGCUCCUCACCCGGUUGCAGGAAAAAGAAAAGCGGCGGGAAGGAUGGAAAAGACGAGUGUGGGAAGGUCUAUGAGUGUAGAUUUUGUUCCCUUAAGUUCUGCAAGUCUCAGGCUCUUGGGGGACACAUGAACCGCCACCGCCAAGAGAGGGAAACAGAGACGCUCAACCAUGCUCGUCAACUGGUCUUCCGUAACGAUCAUAACCUUGCUGCACCAGGUGCCCCUCACCUAGGAUGCUGCCAACCAAUAGGAGGAGGGGGGUAUCAUCCAUCAGGCAACAUGGGAGACCCAACAGUGCCUCUGAGAUUCCCAAGAUACUUCUCUGCUUCAUCCUCAACCCACAUGCCACCGCCACCACCACCUCCACCACCAUCUCAAGUUCAGCCAUAUUUAUAUGCUUCACCUUCACGGCCAGUGUCCUUUCCCUCAUCACACUUUCCUCAUCAGCAUGCUGUGAACGAUUAUUAUGUGGGACAUGUGAUGAGUAGCAGCCACGGGCACAUUGUGGGAGGAGGAGGAGGAGGAGGAGAGAGUACAACAAGUUACACGUGCAUUGGUGCACCGGUGGGACAAGGAGGGUUCGGUGGUGGUGGUGGUGUUAAGGACGGGUCACUGCAUGGUAAUCAGAUUCAGGAGGAAGGGUUGAGUUGGGGAAGGAGCUAUUCAGGAGCACAGCAUCGUUUGGAUCCUCCUUCAGCGAUCAAUCGGUUUCAAGAUGGUUUCUAA